AUGUUAUUGUCAUGUCUGGCAAAACAUUGCUUCAAACUUGCACCUUCCAAAGAGCUUAGUGUUACCUCGUUUAGUAAGAGUGAUGCAAGGAACCUCAAAGAGCUUAUUUCUCUUGGAAGGUUAGUUGAGCACGAGCUAAGACCGACGGACUUCAAAUCUUCCUUUGUCCCUUCUGAAGGUGAAAAUAUUGCCCCUAACUUCCAAGAUGACCCUAUAGACUCAAAAUCCAUUUUCCCCAAGCUGCAAGAAGUUAUGGAAGCAAGGGAAACAUAG